ACUUCAGUCACACAUCUGAAAAGUUGCGGAGCGCCCCGGAGAGCUGUUCUGCUUCACACUCCGCUCACUCCAGCACGCGUCUGUCUGUUUUUCUUUACUGCAGAAACUCCGGUCUCGCUAGUUUAGUUUAUUUUUAUCGCCAGAAUGUUGUUAGAACAUCCAGGAUCGAGUUGUCAAAAUGCUGGAAAUUACACCAGAUACAGCUCCAGUCAAGAUAUCCCGGUCUGUGCGGGCUGUAAUCAGCACAUCGUGGAUCGUUUCAUCCUGAAGGUUCUGGAUCGCCACUGGCACAGCAAGUGUCUGAAAUGCAGCGACUGUCAGUCUCAGCUGGCCGACAAAUGCUUCAGCAGAGGAGACAGCGUGUACUGCAAAGACGACUUCUUCAAGAGGUUUGGCACCAAGUGCGCGGCGUGUCAGCAGGGGAUUCCGCCGACGCAGGUGGUCCGCAGGGCGCAGGAUUUCGUCUAUCACCUGCACUGCUUCGCCUGUAUCGUGUGCAAGAGGCAGCUGGCCACCGGGGACGAGUACUACCUGAUGGAGGACAGUCGGCUGGUGUGCAAAGCGGACUACGAGACGGCCAAACAGAGAGAGGCGGAUUCGACAGCAAAGCGACCCCGCACGACAAUCACCGCCAAGCAGCUCGAGACGCUGAAAAACGCGUACAACAACUCACCGAAACCCGCGCGGCACGUGCGCGAGCAGCUGUCCACGGAAACCGGACUGGACAUGCGCGUUGUGCAGAAAUAAAACAAAGACUUAUUGUUUGUCUCUUUCCAUCUGACAGACGAGCCACCCAUGUCCGAUUUGGGUCACUCCAAUGGCAUCUACAGCAGUCUGAGCGAAAGUUCACCAGCUCUCAGUCGCCAGGGUGGAAAUCAUCCGGCGUUUCCGUUGGAGCACGGUGCUAUAAUCCCGUCGCAGGAACCGUAUCACGACAUCCAGGCCAGCAGCCCCUACAGCCUCCCGCAGUCGCCCGGCCCACUGCAGCCCUUACCCAGACACCAGCCGCUCAUCUCCAGCCUGGUCUACCCAGAGUCUGGCCUGCCCAUGGUGGGUCAAAGCGGAGGCCAGAACAUGACGCCGGGGGUUCGGAUGAUGGCUGCGGGGAACGGCCCGAGCUCCGAUCUAUCCACGGGAAGCAGCGGCGGAUAUCCGGAUUUCCCUGCGAGCCCGGCGUCCUGGCUGGAUGAAGUGGAUCAUGCCCAAUUCUGAUUCAGUAAAUCUCCAUAGACUGCAGCGAU